AUGCGGCUGACAUCUCAGUUCACUUUCCUUGCUCUUGCCUCCUCGAGUUUUGCGUCCCACGGGUUCAAAAGACAUCCUAAGCGGUCAUCUCAGCUACACGCGCGCUCUGAGACCGGUCUCGCCUACUAUGGGUUCCAAAACAGCACUAUGACUGCGUGUGGUGUGUAUUCCAAUGAUACCGAUUAUAUCGUUGGUUUGGGCACAGACUACGUGACUUGGGAGAGCAAGGAUAACUGCUUCAAAACUGUCACUGUUUCUCUGAGGGACGAUCCUUCCACGUCUGUCGAUGUUACAGUCACCGACGCUUGCAAAGACUGCGGUGAUUCGGCCAACGUGUACCUUUCUAUGGCUGCUUUUGAAGCCUUGUCAGAAUUGACAACCGGCGUUUUGAACGUUACAUGGUCGUUUGCCGAUGACUCUGCUUCGACGACUUCUCAAGUUGUGGCCACAACGUCCACUGAGGAAGCGACUACAAUCGAGACAACAUCUGAGGCAGCGACAACAUCUGAAGCGGCUACAACGUCUGAAGCAACUACUACGUUUGCAUCGACUACUGAAGAUAAUACGUAUUAUGCCACAACCACCUCUACGUCGACAUCGUCUUCUGCUGCCUCAACCUCAACCUCCUCAUCAAGUGGUAAUGUAGGCACCUCGUACACUACGUCUAGCGAUGGCUGGACACUUCAGACGGCGUUGAAAGGCCAGGAUUUGAUCAACUACUUCCACUAUGAUAUCGCGGCCGCUGACAAUGACGGCGUGGCGAACUACGUGGAUGGUUCUUCGGAGGGACUCGUUUAUCUCGACGGCGAUGAGAACGUGAUCAUUGCUAUCGAUACUGCCGAAACAGUGGCUCUUCGUAACUCAGUUCGGAUGGUUUCAUCUACUACCUUCAACCCAGGCUACUUGUUCCUCUUUGAUAUCAAGGAAAUUCCUGCGGCCUGCGGAACUUGGCCUGCUGUUUGGUUUACCGGCUCCAACUGGCCUGAUGAUGGUGAAAUUGAUGUCGUCGAGGGUGUCAACUACUACACCAAGAACAUCGUUUCCAUCCACUCCGGUGAUGGAUGCACAAUGUCUUCCUGGACAUUGUCGUCCCUAGUGCAGGCGUCCUUGAUCAUAGAAGGUGAUAGCAACUGCAAUGCUUACGUGUCUACGACUGGCUGUGGCCUCUCUCUUGAUUCCGAGACUUCCUUCGGUCUUCCGUUCAACCAGGCCGAUGGUGGUGUCUACGGUCUCGAGUUUACCGAGUCCGGAAUCAACAUGUACUUCUGGAACACCGGUAGCGUUCCUGAUGAUAUCGUCAGCGGAUCUCCGAACCCCACCACCUGGGACCCUGUCGUACAAUAUGCCGCUGACUCUUGCGACCCCGCCUCGCACUUCAAGGACCUCAUGAUGGUCAUCAACACUAACCUCGGUGGAACCUUUGCCGGUGCAGAUAUCUGGUCUACAGAAAAUGCUGGAGGUCAAGGCAGCAGCUGUGCAGAGAUCACUGGAAACAGUAAUGCUGCCGACUACAUUCUUAACACCGGUUCCGCCUACACCGAUGUUCACUUCUCCUUCCGUGGAAUUUACAUUUACACUCAAUAG